AUGUCUUCUGACGGCCCCCCCAACGGCGCGGGUAACCGCCGUAGCUCAAUCACACAAGCCGCCCUCUCAAACCUCUUUCAACGCGGUCCACCCAACAAUUCGAGUGGCGGCAGUGGCCAGAUGAAUAGCUUCGACCCUCAACGGCGACGGUUGUCAGUUACUACAAUCGGCCUCUCUGGCACGUCACCCACCAACCCGCCGACCUUUAACAUGCGCCGCGGCAGCAUGUCCACCAGCUCCGACUCUAUUGACGAAAAUGCCAUCGAGGAUGAGGACGUGCCCGGCUCCGCUAGAACCGCCCCGAACACACCUUUUGUCCGCCGUAUGAGCUUCGGCGCUUCAGCCAUGAGAGGGUACCGCCCUGGUGGCAACAGUCCUGGCAACGACCAGCAGGGCUUCAACUGGUCCGAGCAGCUUAGGUCUCGAGCUGAGAGCUCCGUCUCCGCCGGCCCACGAGCUUCGUUUUCGCUAGCCUCCUCCCCUCCAAGAGGAGCGUCCCACCAUGAUCGGGCCAAAUCCGUCUCCGACAUGAUGCAACCGCCCGUUCAGACACCGCCGCCUGCCCAGCAGCCCAAGCAAGAACCACGCAAGCCAGACGCCUUUCAGGAGAGAAUCCUCAAGGGCGACUUUUACAUGGAUUGA